AUGGAGGCGACUAAGUUCAUGUCGAUGUGGAAAGAGGUUGGAAGCGAUAGAAUUGAAAAGGAGAGGUUGAAAGGUGGGAGCGGCCGAAGUGAUUCUGCGUCCGAGCGACCCGACACACCACGUCCCAAGCGUACCCAGGUUGUGCGGGCCUGUGACUGGUGUCGCCUCAACCGCGUCAAGUGCGAUGCUAACCCGCCAUGCCAGAACUGCCGUGAUCAUGGCAGACACUGCAGCAAUACAAAGCAAUCCGAGGCCCAUUCACUACCGGCUGCAAAUCGGGAAAUACAUCGACUGCGCAACCGGCUGAAGGACUUGCAAGAGCAACUUGAUAAAGUAAGAGAAGAAUCAAAAAAUCGAACUGAAGUCGCGAAAUCGCCGUCGACGCCAUUCUCAAACAUUUCAGAUUCGACUCCUCACGUCACAACAUCCGCAGCGCUUCCAAAUUCGCAUCGCAAAACAUGGGACGGCCUUCACGAUCCGCAGUCACAAACUGGCCGAGUGAUCCACUAUGGCCCUCUUUCUUCACCGUACAUGGUGAUGCGACUGAACCGGUACAUGCGCGAGUCAUCCAAUCAGUUACAUCUCAAAUCUGUCCUUCCCGUCCGCAUCUCUCAGAUACACCGUCACUCUCCCACUGUUUCGCACGAGCAAUUGUCGGACGAAGCGGAACAGCCCAGCCUCCGUCUAAGACUGGCCGAGAUUGAGGACCUGUCUCGGGAGCAAGAAGAGUAUUUCUUAGUCCUCCUCUGGCAGUCGUAUAACUGCAUAUACCCGAUUGUUGCAGAGGAGGAGUUUCGUGAAUAUUACAAUUCGCUUUGGGACGGGACAACCGGUCAAGCACCGCGUCGGUCUUCCGCGCUUGUGGACAGCUUAUUGGCUGUAUGCAUGCAGUUUGGCAGCACUUUUUUGGUCGACGAUGACGAGGAUAUCACGGACGGUGAAACGGAAUCGCAGGCCACUCGCUUUAAUACUGCCGCGUAUGCAUUCUAUCGUCGGAGUCAGAGCGCGCUGAUGGAGGAACUAGAACAUCCUUCAGUCCAGUCACUGCAGAGUCAUAUAUACUGCAUCAUCUACCUGUACAAUACCGCGAAUCUAGAUACUGCUCAUGCUCUCCUCGGGCUGGCCAUCAGGGUUGCUCAUAUGCUGCGCUUACAUAUUCGACCUCUGGGCCCUAUCCCCAAGGUGAAACAGGAGCUGUUUUCCCGUAUGUGGUGGACGCUGUACCAAUUGGAUAGCCAAAUCUCGAUGACGCUUGGGCGUCCACCACUGAUCAAUUCAGAUGAAGUUGGAUGUGCGAUGCCAAGUGACAGCAGUGACGUGGUGCAACUAUCAACCACGGGUCUGGUAUCGCCUCCGAAUGAGGAGGACAUUAGCUGGCUCAGCUUCCACGUACAGUACAUCCGCCUGACGGCAGCGGCGCGUAGGGUCCACGCUGCUUUUGGUGCGCGCUGUGCGGAGUUGUUACAGACCAAAGAUAUACAGGACGUGCACGAGGAUCCGGUGGCCCUUGAGACUCUAGCAGGCUUCCUCAGCAACGAAGUUCGUGCGAUGUACGACUGGGUGCAGACUGUACCACGGUCUCUCAAGAAUCAACGCAAGGGCUCAGGCGAGGCCUUCUCGACUGAUCGUACACCACUCAAUCUGAAUUCUGCCAGCCCUCUUUGGUUGCAGCGCCAACGUCUUCUUCUUGAAAUUAUCUAUCAUCAUCUGCAAAUAGCCAACUUCCGCCCCUUUAUUCGCUUUCCUCCACGGGGCGCAUCUCUCACGUCACUGUCAGAUAAUCACAGCAUCGCUUCCCUCAAUCACGCCGUAGUGUUGACCAGCAUGCUGAACCAAGUCCUGUCUGAGACAGAUUUGUUGAAUGGAUGGACACCCCUUUUCCAAUACCAGUGGGAUGCUACUAUCUGCAUUAUAUCAUUUGUGCUCUCAAACCCGGUUUGUCCCCCCACCCCAGCCGCACGCAAAACCUUGCCGACAGCUCUCCGGACUCUGCACAAACUCGGCCAGACCUUUGCCCCUGCAGCCAACACCAUUCAGCUUGCUUGGGAGCAGUUUCGCUCCAGUUCAAAUCCGUAUGGUUGGUCACAGCUCACGCCUCCAAGCCAGAGUUCCUCAGACACAACAGAGCUGGGCCCAACGUCAGUGCCGUCUUCAUUACCCAAUGCUGUCCCGGCAAUGAUGAAGACUACUUUGCCGCCAACCGAUCAGUUUUCAGGCUCGUUAGCACAUACCAAGAUCCCGUCAAAUAUAAUGCUCGGGAACGACUUUUCAGAUCCAGCGGGGUUCACCCCGCCACUCGAUCUCAUGGAUGCACCUCUCAAUCUGCCAAAUGAGCUCUUGAUGGGAACUGAUGCUCAGUGGAUGUUGAAUGGAGCGAUGCCACUAGAUGGAUGGACAGGAUAUGGAUCUCAAUGA